AUGGUGCAGCUCGAGAACGAUGCGUUCUUGACCGAGCUCACCAAACUCUUUGAGCGCUCGAGGGAAGCGGGUACGGUGACGUGCACGAUGAAGAUCGUGAACGAGAACGAGCUCAAGCCAAAACCCAAGGGAACGAAGCGCUCGACGCCGUCGUUGGAGGAGAUCCGUGCGAUCGGGAGCGGAUACGGGGUGCUCGUGCGAGCGACGUGCGGGAAGCGCAAGGUGAGUACGUUCGUAAGACCGGAGAAGGCGGCGAAGUUCGCGAAGAGCUAUCAGACCAUUCAGCUCGCGUACAUGGAUUUCGCCGUCGCGGAGACGUCCAAGAAGAAGAAGAUGAAGGCCAAGGCCAAGGCGAAGGCCAAGGGCGCGAGUGGGUCCGCAAAGAAGAGCAACGCGAAGUCAACGGUGGAGAAGGGGCAAGAAUCGAAAUCCAAGGCGACGGGGUCGGAGCCGUCGGCUGGCGCGAAGCAGGCGGCGGGCGCCGCGAGCGGGAAGAAGACAGGAAAAAAGUGA